AUGAACAGAUUGUACUAACAUGCAAAGAAUCAGGGAAUUACUUCCAAGGACUUUGUUAAAAGUUCAUCAAACUUUCUUUGGUUCUAAACUAGAGGGAGGUGGAAUGAACUGGUUCAACAAUAACUACUUCUAUCAGGAUAGGAACAAAAACAAUCAUCCGUAUCUUGAAGGAAUUUUUGUAAAAUCAUUUCUAACUCUUUCAUUUCACAGCAGAAAUUCAAGUCCCCAGUCUUACAAAAAGAGUACACCACAUUCUCAACCUUGGCAACACCUUGUCCUUUGUGUGACCUGCUGUGGCUCAAGCCGUGAGCAGAGUCUACAGAACACAAAAAUAAACAUCUCUACAGGCCUGUGGAAUUUGAUGGGCGGCGUAAUGUGGGGCAGACUGUGGGCCGAGUGCCAGGCCCUGUAGGUGAGCCCUCCUGUGGCCCACUCUGCAAAAGCAGAAAGAAGGGGCAAACCUGCCAGUGAAUUUCUGUUUCCAACUUUGGCCUGGUCUGGGGUCAGGGCCUAGGCAUGCCCCUGUGUGCCCAGUGAGAUAGAUUCAGUUAGGAUUCUCUGACUCCAGAGCUGGGAAGGCUGGGUAUGGCGGAUAAAAAGAUCAAAGAAAGGGUUUCUUGCUCCCAUUCCUCAAGCUCCCUGUACCACUUCCUCAUGUAAUUUGAGAAAUUAUCCUGAACUAGAGAACUGGGGGGAAGUUUGUUCACUAACUGCUUAUUGAGUCCCUGUUCUCUCCCAGGCAUGAUCCUAGGCGCUAGAGAUACAGUGGGGAGUGGGAGCCUCCACGAUCCCUGCUCUUAGGGAUCUGACACUCUGAGUGCAGAACUGUGCUGUUCUGCCUGCACUCUUACAAACACCAGUUCUCCAUAGUACUCCAUGACGUGAGGGGUUAAUUUCUAGCUGACUGAAAUAAUGGACUCAUUUCCCCUCCCAUUUCAACAGCAUGGCGGGUGGCAGUGAUUACCGAGUGAGGGAAAUAUUGUGGUAUGGACAGCAGCACUGUUCUCAAUAACAGGCUCUCUAAUGAUGAACAAAAAGACUCUGAAAUGCAUCUCAAACUCCCAGGUUCUCCUUUGCAGCCAAGAUGCCUCUGAUAUAAUCUGACUUAAUAACGCCAUACUCUGUAAAAGUACAAAAUUAGAAUAAAAGAGUUCUCCAAGGCACUGAGUUGGACACAAAAAUUUAUUCAUGGAACUACACAAGGAUUGAGCACCAACUUUAUGCCAGACACUAUACCCAACUUUAUACCAGAAUCCUAUUACUGCAGAAAAUGUAGUUGGAGGCAAGCUCCUGGUUAUGAAUUGCACAUUCAGCAACUCAGAAGUAAGCAUUUUUCUGAUGUUGCCUAGAAUCAGUGGCUCUGUGGAUUAGGAGCUGAAAGGGUGGGAAAGAAUUUUGCUUUCUACUGUCUGCCUUGUAUGUGAAUCACAAGUUGUACAGUUUUCUUCCUUUCUGUAGACCAAAUACCAUAUAAAUCACUCUGCUGUUUAUUCUAAGUCUUAUGUAAAGUGUUCCUGUCCUCAAAGCAUCACACACAAUGUAGAAGCUUUGGCAGUUUCUUCAGCAAAGGUCAGUGUUUCAGUUUAGUGCCCAAAGGUCUCUGACAAACAUCCAAAAAUUUCUGGUUGAAGUCAGUAAUUAUUUACUCCCGUUACCAGGAUCUGUUUGAGGACUAAGCAGAGAGAAGCAGAAAGGAAAAAUAAGCACAUCAAAAAAAGCAGGCUUAGUCUCUCUUCACCUAGAACAAUAUAUAUGUAUUGUCUCAUGGCACAUGUGUAAUGUCACUGAACAAUAAAAAUAAAUAAAUCUAUUUCCAGUUGAAGGCAUCUCCAGGAUCCAGAGGCUCUAAGUGGAUGAAAACAAUUGGGUGCUUGGGCCAGAGACUGUGCAAGCCUAAGCAGAGAGAGAGGGGUUCCUUUAACUUCCCUCCCACGUUCAGUCCCUUUGGAACUCGAGUUUGCCCCUAGGAUAGAAGUCUGUAAGGCUACCAGCUGGAACCCUUUGCUACACUGCUGUAAAGGCUGUGCAGAAAAAAAUGUUGGAAUUCUCUCAUACUUGGAAAAUUGCCCUUUAAUACACGUGGUCUCCUCUCUGUUUCCCAGCCAUAGGCCAGGAUGUUAACUGGGGCGGGGUGGAGGCAGACAUUUAAUUCUUGUUAAGAGGGAGUAAUAACAUGUGAAGUGAUAGGGAGCCAAACUGUCGUUUCCUGAAUAUCCACAAGAGGCUUACAUUUAGCAACAACAUUUAGCAAACAUAUGCCAGGCGCUGUUGAGUUGCUGGGGACACAGCAUCCCACAUGACAGUUAUGGCUUCUACCAAGACACAGCUUAAAGGCCGAGGAGAGACGAUGGUUUGCAGUGAACAAGAGCACAAGCUUUGAAGUCAGACCUGAGAUGGCGAGUAACCCAUGUGCCAGGUAGCGUUCUAUGCCAACCUUGAAUGCCAACAGGAAGUCACUGGACAGCAAACUCUUCCAAGAUCAUAACUUGGCUGUUGGAGCAACCUGGAAAAGAAGAAAAAAGAAAAACGAUGGCAAAAGUAAAUAGAGCUCGGUCUACCUCCCCUCCAGAUGGAGGCUGGGGCUGGAUGAUUGUGGCUGGCUGUUUCCUUGUUACCAUCUGUACCCGGGCAGUCACAAGAUGUAUCUCAAUUUUUUUUGUGGAGUUCCAGACAUACUUCACUCAGGAUUACGCACAAACGGCAUGGAUCCAUUCCAUUGUAGAUUGUGUAACCAUGCUCUGUGCUCCACUUGGGAGUGUUGUCAGUAACCAUUUAUCCUGUCAAGUGGGAAUCAUGCUGGGUGGCUUGCUUGCAUCUACUGGACUCAUCCUGAGCUCAUUUGCCACGAGUCUGAAGCAUCUCUACCUCACUCUGGGAGUUCUUACAGGUCUGGGAUUUGCACUUUGUUACUCUCCAGCUAUUGCCAUGGUUGGCAAGUACUUCAGCAGACGGAAAGCCCUUGCUUAUGGUAUUGCCAUGUCAGGAAGUGGCAUUGGCACCUUCAUCCUGGCUCCUGUUGUUCAGCUCCUUAUUGAACAGUUUUCCUGGCGGGGAGCCUUACUCAUUCUUGGGGGCUUUGUCUUGAAUCUCUGUGUUUGUGGUGCCUUAAUGAGGCCAAUUACUCUUAAAGAGGAUCACACAACUCCAGAGCAGAACCAUGUCUGUAGAACUCAGAAAGAAGACUUUAAGCGGGUGUCUCCCUAUUCAUCUUUGACCAAAGAAUGGGCACAGACUUGCCUCUGUUGCUGUUUGCAGCAAGAGUACAGUUUUUUACUGAUGUCAGACUUUGUUGUGUUAGCCAUCUCCGUUCUGUUUAUGGCUUAUGGCUGCAGCCCUCUCUUUGUGUACUUGGUGCCUUAUGCUUUGAGUGUUGGAGUGAGUCAUCAGCAAGCUGCUUUUCUUAUGUCCAUACUUGGAGUGAUUGACAUUAUUGGCAAUAUUACAUUUGGAUGGCUGACCGACAGAAGGUGUCUGAAGAAUUACCAGUACGUUUGCUACCUCUUUGCUGUGGGAAUGGAUGGGCUCUGCUAUCUCUGCCUUCCAAUGCUUCAAAGUCUCCCUCUGCUCGUGCCUUUCUCUUGUACCUUUGGCUACUUUGAUGGUGCCUACGUGACUUUGAUCCCAGUAGUGACCACAGAGAUAGUGGGGACCACCUCUUUGUCAUCAGCGCUUGGUGUGGUAUACUUCCUUCACGCAGUGCCAUACUUGGUGAGCCCACCCAUCGCAGGAUGGCUGGUAGAUACCACUGGCAGCUACACUGCAGCAUUCCUCCUCUGUGGAUUUUCAAUGAUAUUUAGUUCUGUGUUGCUUGGCUUUGGUAGACUUGUAAAGAGAAUGAGAAAAACCCAGCUGCAGUUCAUUGCCAAAGAAUCCGAUCCCAAGCUGCAGCUAUGGACCAAUGGAUCAGUGGCUUAUUCUGUGGAGAGAGAAUUAGAUCAGAAACAUGGGGAGCCUGUGGCUACAGCAGUGCCUGGCUACAGCCUCACAUGACCAAUGGCCUUGAUCCCCAGAAUCUUCAGAUUUGAGAGAGGUGUGGGGCCAGCAGAUUCUUCGUGUUUCUGAAACUUUUUAUUUUGGCAGAAGUAUUGCCUUCCAAGGAAACUAUUAUUAUUGUUUUGUUAACAUAUUAAUAUUUAUAAGGGAAAAUAGCACAUAAUAAGGAAAGCUGGACUAGCCCAGAGGCUUCUCAUUUGGGAUUUGUACUCAUAACUGAACUCAUAUCUUUUGGUCAAUGGGCAUAGCUCUGUGAGAAAUGUAAGGACACAGCUGAUAUAAUUAGCUGUAAUUAGGGAUAAUUUCAACGCAUAACCAAAGCAGAUGACACUGGGCAGCAGCUUUGUCCCAGUCUCAGCCCCUUCAUGUUCCCUCCUCAGAAAGAAAAUGGAAACAUUAACGUGUAGCUUUGCUAACCUUGUUCUGAUUAGAGAAAGGAGGUCAGCUUGGGUGUGGUGGUGAAGAGUGAAAAUGCCAUACCUUUUUCAUGGUGGAGUUUCUCAUUAGGGUUUUACCUGGGGUUGUUAAAAGAAUACUUGAGAUUCUUCAAAAGGUGGUGAUUAAUAUAGAAAGAAACUCUUAUUUUUUUCUCUCUUAGUCUUGCAGCCAGCCCUUGCCUCUGCCCAAGGGUAGACACCAGUAUGAGAAUCCAAAUAAUCAUGGAAUGCCAUGGUUGGAAUAGAUCUCAAAGGGUGGCUGGUAAGAUCUAUUUGAAAUCGUCCACUGGAAACUGAAAGCUCUUUUCCUAAGACCGGGUUCCAGGCUCUCACCUUUGUUACCAUCACAUAUAAUACUUACUCUAAAUUUAGCAGAACACACUUAGUCAGAAGGACAACCUCUCAAUCUUACCCGAAAUGUUAACACCAAAACUUCUCAUUUUUUACCUUCAGAGAAAAAGCUCUUAUUUAAACUGCAGACGCAUUCCUGUUAGGAUGAAAAAAUGUUGGCAGUAUUCCAGUUGGGCAGGAACUGAAUUCUUGAAUCAGCAGGUCUCUGGUGAGAGUUUUCUUUGCAGAUCAGACAUUUAGUUUUAUCAUUACCCAAAAGAGGAUAGGAGGGGGUCAGUUAUCUGAACAAAUAUUAUGCUAGAGAUAUUCUGAAGGUGAGAUUCCUUUCUCCUUGUGUUAAUUCUUGUUCCACUGUCCACUGCUCUUCAUCUCUUUGUGGAUAAUAAUUAGAAAUCUACUCAUUGGAUUAGAAGUUGAUUCAUUCUCAAAUACUCCACUUUUCUAUGGUUUGGGAUAAUUUCUGAGUCUUCAGAUUGAAGAGGGAAGGCAUGGAGGGAAGAAAAAGUCUAGAUCCCCCAGCUUGUCUCCAACCAUUUUAAAUCCAAAGGAUUAUAAUCCUGAAUCUCACAUCAUGUCACACCUGUAAAUACGGGCAAAUUAUGCAAUCAAUUUUAAUUAUCAGGAGUUUAAAAUCCAAAUGUUAAGGAACUGUUUUGACCCUGAAGGCUAUUUAAUCCACUGUCCCCUACAAGGCCUCACAAGUGCUGAGGAAAAAAAAAAAAAAAACCAACCAGCAGUGAGGAGGAUCCUGGGUUACUGUGUAUGCUCAGCAAGAGAGUUUGCCUAUACCUUGAUUAUUUCAUAAAAUCACAUGUUAAUACAUUGCUUUCAGAAUGAAA